AUGGCGCUUCCGUCGAACCUUCCCUCCAAACGCCCUUCCUUUCUGCUUGCAUCAUACUCUGCCCCCUCCACCUCCCAAGCCCAACCCGAACGAACACACACUUUCUCCCAUCCACUUUCAACAUCCUUAUCCCGCAGUCUGGACAACUCUAGUACCACGGCAGCGAAGACAGCGUAUCUCUCUGAGCUACGUGGGGCCGUGAGUGCAUUGCAAACUGAGAUAAAUGAGUUCCUGACCGCCCGCAUGGACGAAGACAAUAAUAUCAAUCGACAAGCAUCUGGCAGUGUGAACAUGGCCCAGACUGAAAGAGAACGGAGAGAAGAGGAGAAUUACGGGGAGGAAGUUUUGGAUGAUGAGGAUUGA